AUGAUCAUUACUGCUAGUAAACCAACUGCAGCUUGCAUCGAGUUGGAACCAGUGUCACCCUUUGAUGACUCAGACCAGGAAACUCCAGCUGUACAUACUUCACCUGCCCCUAUGCAUUCUCCUACUCCACUUUCUUCAGCUUCGUCCGUUCCCCCAAGCCCUACUGUCCCCAAGACCCCUUCUCCAGCUCCCGUACAACUCCCUCCACAGACCCCACCCAAGAAGGUCAUAAUAGAAGAUGUCCAGGAGGUGUUGGUUAAGAAACCAAGGUAUCAGGAUGACAAUCCAUUCACUUCUCAUCCAGAGAAACUAUCCUCACCCAUGAAGAAAAAGAAAAUCAAUGAAGAGAUUGCUACUGAUGAUGGCCUGGUGGGGCAUAUACCUAGGGUUUCUGGUCUGGAAAUCUCUGAUGGAGAUGAAGAACAGGAUACCGAGAGCAAGAAAAAUAAGAGGAAAGCAAAGAGAAAACAUGAAAAAAAAGAGGUUUCAGAAGAAAAUUCUAAACUUGAUAAAGCAGAAGAUGUCUUAGAUGAAAGUGAAGGAAGUCCAAGGAAGAAGAAGAAGAAAAAGAAGAGUAAAGACAAAUAAAUAAAAAAAUAUGCUUGUAAAGGGUCAUCAUGGUAUAUAAUUAAUUGUUAUUUAAUAUCUUAUUCAUGAAUUACAUGAUGGAUAGAAGCCUUAAUCUUGUGAUUUAAAAAAUUAAGGUAGUUUGAAAAUGAACAAAAGUUAGCACAAGUAUGAAUAUUACUGGUCGGAACAGUUUUUUUUUUUUUUUACAAUUUCAAACAUUGUAAAUGUUCAGUAGGAUAUUUCUUGAUGCUGUUAAAAUAACAGAUGAUAUCAAGAACAGCUGGUAUAUGGAAAUUCAGAAUGGGAUUCUUGCUCAUAUUCAGAUAGCAUUAGCUAGAAAGUUAUUGAUUAUUCAUCUAUUUGUAGAUUUGUUUGCACAUCGCAGCAUUGUCAGUAACAUAUUUGCUUUCCAUAACAGCCCUGCUGGCAUAACAUAUUGUUCUCAUUACAUCAGUAGUAUUUACAGCAUUGAUCAGUAGCACAGUUGAAAAUAACAAUAUUUUGUCUGUAAAUAUAUAUUAUUUUAGUGAAGUAUACUUGUCAUUUGACAUAUUUAAAGGGAUGGCCCAUGCUGGAAAUAUUUAUAUUUCAAUAAAGAGAGUAAAAUUCACGGAGCAAAAUGCUGAAAAUUUGAUCAAAAUCGGAUAAAAAAUAAAGUUAUUGAAUUAAAAAGAUUUGCAUUAUUCCGGUUCAACAGUUCUAGGCAUGUCCUAAUGACUAUUCAUUUCAUGGGCUGAUGAUGUCAUAUCCCCACUUGUUCUUUUGUAUUUUAUUAUAUAAAAUUAGGUUUAUUCAAAAAAUUUCUACCAAGAACUAAAACAAUUGGAUUGACAACUGAUUAAGUGCAUUAAUAGUUAUUUAUUGCCGGAAUUUAUUUCAUCAUAAUGAAGACACAUCAUUUACACAUGUAUGAAAAAAUGAAACAUUCAUGAUUUCAUGUAAUAACAUAAGAAAAAUGAAAGUGGGGAUGUGACAUCAUCAGCCCACCUAAUAAAUAUUCAUGACGAUGUGCAUAAAACUGUUUUCACAAAAUAUUGAUAAACUUUAAAAUUCACUAACUUUGUUAUUUAUUCGAUUUUGAUGAAAUAUUCAGCAUUUUGCUCUGUGAAUUUUUACUCUAUUUAUUUAGAUAUAAAUAUUUUCAGCCUAGACCAUCCCUUUAAUUGUAAUUAUCCAACCUAUUUGAUAUAUAGUUAAACUUUCACAAAAUAUUAACCCAAUGUAGCCAGGGAUAAUUUGAAAUUGCAUUGCCCCCCCCAAAAAAAAAAAAAAAAACCCUCGAUCUCAUUCUUUUCACUUUACAGUCUUAUCAUGAAGAAAUGUCAGGGGGGCCAGUGGGCUAAAAAAAGUACCCCCCUCCACAGGCUGAAAAAAACAUUAAAAGAGAUUUGAGGUUGCCAUUUGUAAAAUCAUUUGUAAACUUACAGGCAGCUUCAUGAAACAUCCACCUGAAUUCAACUGUCCUUGUCCACGUAGUAUGUAUCUGUUUUAUCCCAAUAGACCUGUUUAUUCUGUUAGUGAUCCAGUAAGCAAACAUUAGUUGUUUCUGUCUGGCCUCGUUUAAGCUUUCAGGUUGUCAAGAAAAGCUUUUGUGUAAAAAAUAUGAAACAAUUUGAAUGUAUUAUCAUUUAUUUUAAAAAAAUCCAGGGGCGGUAUUCUGAAAACGUUCUUAUCUUUUUCUUAUCUUUUGUUCUUAUAUCUUUCUUAUCUUGCUUUCAAUCCUAUGCUGAGCGCGUAAAUUUAUUACUCGCGCAUAAACAAAAGCGCGCUAAAAAGAUAAGAACAAAAUAAAGAUAAGUUGUAUUCUGAAAACGUUCUUAUCUUUUUUCUUUAUAUUUAUGAUAAUAUUUAAGAUAGCUAGAGGGUUAUCACAUCUCACGAAGUUCGCGUUCUUUCUUGCUCAAAAUAAAUGGCCACUGGUUGUUACAAGUAUUCUUUCCACCCUUUAUUUUGUUUUGUGUCUCUUUUUUCUAUUUAUUUUCUCUUUUUCUUCCUUUCUUUUAUUCUUCUAUUAUAUCUUUGUUUUAUUCUUUUGAAAUUUUUAAUUUCUUCCUAUUUUUAUUUUGCUUUGUUUCUUUUAUUCUUCAUCUUUCUUCCUUUUUUAUUUUCCCUCAUCGUUUUUUCCUUUUUUUUCUUUACUACGUCUUUAUUAUUGCUUUUUCCCCCUUUCCUCUAUUUCUUUCUUUUUCUUUCUUUUUUUCCUUUUUUUUCUUUCUUCCUUCACUUUAUUUUUUGUAAUGUCAUAUUUCUUCUUUCUUUUUCUUUCUUUCAUUUAUUCUUUUGUCUGUAUAUUUGUUUUUCCCCCUUUUUAUUCAUUCAUUUUAUUUUUUCCUUUUUCUUCCUUUCUUCCUUUCCUUAAUUUUUAAAUCUUUUUUCCCCUUUCCCCUUCGUUAUCUUUCUUUUAUUAUUUUUUUCUUUUUUUUUGUUUGGUUCUUUUUUUGCGUUCGUUUGUUCUUUCUUUCAUUUUUUUUCUGCUUGCUGACAAUUUUGUGUCUUACGUUCUUUCUUUUAACUUCUUAAAAUCUUUUUCUUUAUUCUUUCCAUUAUUUUUUCUUCUUUUCUUAUUUUUUAUUCAUUCUUCAUUUUUCCUGCCUUUUUAUUUUCCCUUUUCGUUUUUUUUUCUUUCUUUGAAUUAACCUUUUUUUCGAUUUAUCUUUCUUUAGUCUUUAUUUUUGCUCUAAUUUCUCUUUCAUCUUUUCUCUCUUACCUUUUUCUUUCUUUCUCUCUCUCUCUUUUUUUUUGUUUCAUUUUCCUUUUUUCUCUCUUCCUUCACUUUUUACAUUUUUUAUUCCUUCCUUCCUUUUAUUUAUUUCUUUCUUUCUUUUUUUCUUACUUCCUUUCUUACUUUCUUUCACUCGUUUUUUCUGACUGUUUUCUUUUUUCGGUUCUUUAUUUCUUCAUUUUAUCCUUUUUAAUCUUUUUAUUUUGUCCUUUUUCGUUUUUUUUCCUUUAAGUUUCUUUCUUUUCUUUCUUUAUUUUUACAUUCAUUUUUAUUGCUCACUUUAUCAUUGAUGAUCAUUCUGUUUCUCCUCCUUUUUAUUUCUUUUAUUCAUUCUUUUUUCUUUCUUUUAAUUUUAAAUUUUUUUUUAAAAGUUCUUUUUGCAUGCUUUCUUUCGUUUAUUUCUUUCAUUAUUUUCUGCUUUGUUCCUUUCAUUUGUUUUUCUGCUUCAUUCUGACCAUUUUCUGUCUCCUUUCUUACCUACUUACUUUCUUUCUUUCUAUUUUAUACUUUAUUUGUACGUGCUUUAUUUACUUUUUUCGUUACUUUCUUUCUUUCUUUCUUUCUUUAAUUGUGCACGUGUCUCGAAAUAACAAUCAGUCAUUGCGUAUAAAAUGCCAAUUUUGCGCAAUGGGCCAGAAACAGUGUACGCGCAGCGCCUAUGAUUCUCUUGACAUAAGGAACGCUUCUAUUGGUUAAACUGCCAAUAUAAAGCACAUUUUGAUUGGUAAUAUGCUAAAAAUGGGCGUGUUGAAGAUAAGAAGGAGGCAGUCCUUACGGAGAUAAGAACGCGUUAAAAAGAUUUUCAGAAUACCGAUUUGCAAUGAUUUUAGCGUCUUCUUAUCUCAAUGAGAUAAGAUAAAAGAUAAGAACAAAGAUAAGAACGUUUUCAGAAUACCAUCCCAGGUCUAUUAAAUCCUUGUACAAGCUGCAAUAUAUAUGUCCUAAUUAAAGUUUGCUCAUGAAUAUUCAUUUUAUUCUCUCACAAUUACCUUUCCAACAAUAGUAAAGUGAUGCUAAAAAGGGAAGAAAUAUCGAGAGGUUGAGUUUUGGGUAUAGAGCACUGUUUCUAAAAGUGCUGAAUUAUUAUUUGAAAUAUACUGUCGUGUCAUAGAUUUGUGUUUAAAAGUAUAAAAUCUAACAGCCCAGAUGUAUGUUUUAGGAUAUUGGAGAAAAUCAUGAUGUUGAAAAUACAAUACAAUAAUUUAUUAAAAUGUGCCAUUAUAUUAAGAAUUUUAGAGUACAUUAUGACCCCUGAGCUGUAUUGCCUUUGAGUGCCAAUUUUGACAGAUCACUUCACACAAAUCUGCCUGGUCCGACACUAACAUUAAAGUUACUAAAGUUAAAGCGACUAUAAAUAAAACUUCAAAUGUUGCUCGUGUCACGUGAAUUCCUUAAGUAUUUAUUUAAAAGGAAAAGGUU